AUGGAAGAAAAGCUUCUGCCGGGGGCUGUUACCAGCAAGCAGGAGAGGCCAUAUCCACGCCUUAAGAAAUGGACCCUCUCAUCAAUAUCGACACUCAUCGCAUUACUCGUUCUCAGCAAUCGCUACAACCUAUAUCCCAUAUCAUAUCCCAAUUGCAGCCCAAAGCCCUUCAAAUACACCGGCGAGCAUAUAACAUGGGAACCAUGCGGCGACCUACACGACCGACCACUCGAAUGUAGCAGCAUCGAAGUUCCCAUAGACCAAUUUGCAGAGAAAUCAAACACAACCAGUUCCAGUGGUUUCACAAUCCCACUCAUCCGCCUACGCAGCGAAAACGCAACACAAAACCUCCUCCUAAACCCCGGCGGCCCAGGAGCCAGCGGCUUCGAAUUCCUAUACCGCCGGGGUGACCAGCUCAGGACCAUCCUAGGCUCAGGUUUCCACUUGCUAACAUUCGAUCCACGCGGCAUAAACAGCUCAACACCGACAGCAUCCUGCUACCCAGACGCCAAGACACGACAAGAACAGUCACAUGUUCGAGCGCGCGAUGCCGCAUCCGAUAGCCCCGAGAUCUAUGCAUGGGCGCGUAACUUUGCCAAAGCAUGUCCGGAGACGAUGGGCGAGUACGCGCCGUACAUCAACUCCCCUCAGACUGCAGCGGAUAUGAAUAGUAUCCUCGAUGCGGUGGGACAGGAAGAUAUGAUAUAUUGGGGAUUCAGUUACGGGACUCUUCUGGGACAGACCUAUGCGGGAUUAUUCCCGGAACGCUCGAAACGGGUGAUUAUCGAUGGAGUCGUGGACCAAUUCGCGUGGUACGAGGGCGUUGGCGAAUCCGAUGAAUUCAUCGACACGGAUAAAGUGUUGGACGGGUUCUUCGACGAAUGCAUAAAAGCAGAUGCUAGAUGUGCGCUUGGGUCGCUGGCAACGUCGAAAGAAGAGCUGCGCGAAGUAGUCUUCUCAUUCAUGGAUACGCUGCGUAAUAACCCGCUCGACGUAUACAUCAACAACACCGUCUAUGGAAUCUUAACCUGCGAGAAAGUCUGGUACAACGGUGUUUUUGCGGCAUUAUACAGGCCUCCACUAUGGUCGACUCUUGCGGAGAAUCUUUACAAUUUGAUCCGAGGAAAUGCAACACCCGCCUUCCUGGCUUAUAACACUGACCAUGGACUGGAUGAUGAGUCUAAUGAAUUCGUCACGCUGAACGAUGGCCGAACUGGACCGGCGCACUGGCCGCAGGGACAAGACGAACUACUAGCACAAAUCACACCAUGGUUGAACCAGAGUCUGUUCAGCGCUUCGUUUCUCACAUCAUACUACCAGAAACAGCAGUGGACGGUACCUAGGACACAUCCGUAUGUUCCGAGGCGAGACGUGGAGACCGCACAUCCGCUGUUGAUCCUAUCGACUACCUACGACCCUGUGUGUCCGCUUGUCUCGGCGCGCGUGGCUAAUGAGGCUUUUGCUGGAUCUCGGAUUGUGGAGGUUGAGGGGUAUGGGCAUUGUUCUGUGGCUGUGGCUUCAGUUUGUGCUGCGAAGCAUGUGCGGGCAUUCUUGUAUGAAGGGAAGCUUCCUGAUGGAUACACGCGGUGUAAGGUUGAUUCUGCUUAUUUUGGUAAGCCCGAUGAGAAUGGGCGAGUGGCUGCGAAGGCAGACUUUGAGGACCGGGAGGAUCAGAAGAUCCAUCUUGCGCAAUUGGAACUCAUGGCGGGAUGGGAGUUUGCGAAGCCGGUCUUUUAUUGA